UUUUUAAUACAUUAUUUCUAGUGUGCUGGCCUCCUUAAAUCUGCCAGCUGCCAUAGAGGAUGUUUCUGGGGACAACAUUCCUCAAUCUAUCUUGGAGAAGUCCAAAGCAGUCAUUCAGCAAGGUGGCCUACAGACUAUAGAUCAACUUAUCAGAGAUCUUCCUGGACUUCUGCAAAGAAACAGAGAAAUUCUUGAUGAGGCGAUGAAAAUACUUGAUCAAGAGGAAGUCACAGAUAAUGAACUGAAAGCAAAAUUCAAAGAACGUUGGCAAAGAACACCUUCAAAUGAAUUGUACAAACCCUUAAGAACAGAGGGAGCUAAUUACAGAACUACUCUGGAUCGAGCUGCCCAAGCAGAUAGAGUGGUCAAAGAACGUUAUACUACUAACAGUGAAAUAAUUGCUUUGCUUUGUAAACCUGAAGCUGAGCUGAAUGCAGCUAUACCUUCUGGCAAUCCUACCAAAUCUCUUCAAGGCAGUGAGGUUGUUAUGCUUUUAAAAACACUUCUUGCUUCUUUAAAUGAAGUCAAGAAGGAGAGAGAAACUUUUGAGAAUGAUAUCAAGUCGGUGCAGUUUGACAUGACAAACAAGUUUCUGACAGCAUUGGCUCAAGAUGGUGCCAUAAAUGAGGAAGCUAUCUCGGUGACUGAACUUGAUCAAAUUUAUGGAAGUCACACUCAGAGGGUGCAGCAAAAUCUGAAAAAGCAAGAGGAGUUGCUUGCUGAUAUUCAGGCUGCUCAUGAGGAAUUUUCGAAGUCGAAACAGUCAAACACAGAUGCUAAUCAGAGGGAAGAAAUGCUCAAGAAGUUAGCAGCGGGCCAUGAUCAGUUUGUUGAACUUGUUAAUAACUUGAAAGAAGGAACAAAGUUUUACAAUGGAAUCACUGAAUUUCUCCUGAAAUUCCAAACAAAAUGUACUGAUAUUGUGUUUGCUCGUAAAACCGAAAGAGAUGAACUUUUGAAGGAUUUACAACAGAGCAUAGCCAGAGAACCCAGUGCACCUAAUAUUCCAGCAGCACCUGCAUACCAAACUGCUGCUUCUGUUGGAGGAACCACACCAGCUGUUCCAACUCCUGCACCCAGAAAUGUAUUUCCAUCCAAACUUCAACCUCCUGAACAUGCUGCAUCUUCAUCCACUGGUGGUUGUGAAAAUCAACCUAAACCUCAACCUCCUGCACGACCCCCACCUCCAUCCGUUGGAUCCAGUUUUACACCUGCUUCAUCAGCUGCAACUCCUACAAUGACAAAUGCCCCUGCUCCUGCUCCUGCUUCAGUUGCUUCUGUGCCUGCAUCUGUUGGGGCCAGUGGUGUGCUAUCACAGGCCCAGGGACCGCCGUAUCCUACCUAUCAAGGAUUUCCUGGGUACUACCCAAUGCCUAUGCCAAUGGCAUAUAACCAGUACGCUUACGGUCAGUACAACGUGCCAUACAUGUACCAGCCUCCUGGGCAGCCACCUUUCCAAAGCCCUCAGCCACCUCAGCAGCCAGGAUAUCCUUACCCUCCACAGCAAUUCUACCAGCAAUAAGACGCAUUGUGUGUUUAAGAUUCUUAUGUUGUGGUUAAUUUUUUAAAUUACCUCAAUACUUAAUCUACUGCAUACUUUGGAAUAUUAUUGAGGUAAAUGCUAAUUAAGAUGUACUGUUAAAAUCUUAAGAUUGCACUAAAUGUAACUAUUUUCAGAAUGGCAAACACUAGGAGUAACAUAGCAAAAUCUGAUUUUUUUUUGCGUAAACAUAUUUAGUACAAACUGCUUAUUAGAAAUAUCUUGUUUUUUUUCUUCUAAUCCAGUUUUGGGAAUGGGUCUGAAAUAUUGCACAAAUAUAAAGCAGAUUGUGCUUGUAUAGCCGUCUUUGCAUAAUACUUUAUGGUCUUAUUUGCUUAUACUAUCUCUAAUUAGUUAUCUCCUACAUACUGUUUUGUUUAAUCAGGGCCUUGUAAAUCUUAUGGUAAAUUAAGGUAUAAUUGCAUUAAAAAAUCAAGACUGAAACUUGGUGUUCUUAGCAUUAAUUGCAGUAUGUAGUCAUUGAAAAUAAUUCAUAACAGUUUAGUUGCUAACAAAUGUUCAUUUUCAAAAGCCUAGUGAUCUCCAACUUGAUGUUUCUUGAAGGAAGGCAAAAUAGCAAGAACUGUUCUUGAUUAAAAUACUUGUCUCUUAGCUAUACUAAUCUAUUUGCAGUGAUUGUAAUUUCCCCUGCCAUCCAAUAGCUUGGAAUCAUUUAUGAAUUGAAUGUACUGCUCAAACCAUUUACUUUUUUGAAAUUCAAGAAGAUCUUGCAUUCUCGGUUUUUGCUCCAAGACUGCUUCUGAUUAUUUUGAAAGUAUAAUUUUAAAGUAGUUAAUUCAAAGCAACAGACAUUUCAUUCUGUGUCAACACAGUGUGGAGCUGGAGGAACACAGGUCAGGCAGCAUCAGAGGAGUAGAAAAGUCGACGUUUCGGGUCAGGACGCUUCUUCACUUUCCUACUCCUAUGAUUCUGCCUGACCUGCUGUGUUCCUCCAGAUCCACACUGCAUUUGCAGUUCUUGGUAUCUUUGAGUGACUUAUAACCCAACUGCGAAGCCUCUUCCAAGGAUGCCCACCUCGAAGAAGUUGCCCUCCUCCCUCCAAAAUCACCUCAGUGGAUCUCUCUCCCGCUGCAAGCCUCUGGUAAUCUUCACCCUGAAGCUCUUCAAACACAUACUUAACUACACCCAGUAGUACAGCCACAUCUCCUUACUCAGUACUGCCUCUGCAGCCGGAUUAUCCCCAAUGGACUCCAAACAACAUUCAGACCAUCCCAAUUUGACCCAAACCACCACAACCGCUGCCUGUAGUACAUCCAGAGCUUCCAAAAAUGGUUUUCUCUGCGGAUCCUUAGCUCCAUGCUCACAGCCAUGCACUGGCAUCUCCUCGCACAACAGCCAACCUUACCCCAGCUCAGAGUCUCUCUCCCAGACCUGCAAGGGACCUCUUCUGUUCUUCAUUCUGCGCAGGAUCCAUGCCCUCAACCAAUGCUUUUUCUCCACUAAAGUACACAAAACUUGGCAGUUCUGAAGAAGGGUCCUGACCAGAAACAUCGACUUUCCUACUCAUCUGAUGCUGCCUGACCCAGUGUGUUCCUCCAGCUCCACACUGUGUUGACUUGGACUCCAACAUCUGCAGUUCUUGGUAUCUUUGCAUUCCUUUGAGUGUUUUGUCAAAGAUGCAUGACCUUUUGAAGAAAGUGAAAUCAAAUGUUUCAGCUUUUUUUUUGAUUUUGGAAACAUUCAUUAAAAAUAAGUUUAUAAUCUGUA